CACUCUCUGCACUUUGCGACUUGCGUCUUCAGCUGCCAGCGUGAAUUGUCUAAGCACUCACUUCUCAGUCUCUUUUGUUCUGCGCAAUCAAUCUUUUCGGCCAGAAAACAGAACGUUCCACAAUGUAUCAAGCAUAUUCACUGCGCCAGCAGCAUCGCCCACCGGGCAUGCAAAUCCAUGCUGUACCGGAAUCUGAGCGCGCGAUCGACUCAACAGGACGCAAACUACCGUGGGGAUACGACUACAGCGGACCCAUCCAAGUCGAGAGCGAUCGCAGCACGCCAGUCGAAAAAGGCCCAUUCGGAAAGAGCAUGAGAUCGAUGAGGAGAGCAAACAGCAGAUCGCGCAGCACGACUGCUGUGCCGAGACAGAAUGAGGAUGCGCGAGCGCGGCAGGAGCAGUUGGCUGCUGAGGACGCAGUAUUUGGGUCGUUGCGGAGAGUAAACACAGCGUCAAAAGAGCAAUCGAGCCCCGAUGGUACAACACAACCAGCGAACGAAAACGCACGAGCGCCUGCACCGCCCAUCGAGGGUGAGAGCGAGCCUACGGAAGUCUUCCUGUUUGGGUUCGGCGAGGACAUGCAAUGGGCUGCGAUCGACUUCUAUGAGCGCGUGUCGGGUGGGAUUGUGCUGGAAGAUUACGACCGCACACCGAACGGCGCGCGCUUCGACGUCUCAAGAGUGCGGCAAGCAGCGCAGCGAAGUUUGUCACGGGCAGCGUUGAAGAAGAAGAAUACCUACAGAGGCGGUAACAGCUGGAUCAAGGUCACAUUUGAUACGAGGCAAGCUGCGGAAUUGGCUGUUGCGAGGAGUCCGCAUACCAUUAAAGGAUACUUGGUCUACGCGGAAUACUUCACCGGAAAGGGCCCAAGCAAAGAUGAGGCGAUACAUGCUACGCAAGCAGGUGCUCAGUUGACAAGCGAAAUCCUCCCUCGUUCGCUGAACACAGAGGCGCCAAUUUUGGAGGGUGAUGGCAGCAGUCAAACAGCAACGAGCGCGACCGCGACGAAUGCCACAAGCGCAGCACCAAGCAGAUCAGGGCGAGGAGGCAUUUCCGGACUUCCAUGGAGCGUUGCUUCAAUAAUGCAAGAUUCGCCUACGAACAGCUCGAGCACGAUGCAAAACGGAUCACGAAAUAACAACGCAUCUUACGAAAUGGAGCAAAUCCCGAACACACCUACUCCAGCGCAAACUUCGAGCUUCCAACCUCGCGAUGGAGCUCCAGUCAUUCAGCAUCGUCCUAGCCGUCUCCUCGAAGGCACAGUCCGACUCGUGCCAAAGGCGCCUGAACUUGCUCUUGCACCGAAGCAGCCCAAAGCCAGCUGGACGAGCUGGCUCGGGACAGGCGAGAUCAUCGGAGGUGCGGUACCGAGGAAGGUGGAUGGAAGUUUUGAUUGGGAGCUUGCGAGUCUGUACUGGAGAUUCUUCGCGUGGAUAGACUGGCUCUUUGGAACGGAUCUGUGUGGGUUGAAAGGGGAUGAAUAGAAAGUGCCACUCUGCAAAGCGUUCUAUGAUGUUCUUGAGCGAGGAGUUUUUAAACUGGAAAUGGUUCACUUGGGCUGGUUUGAGAAUGAGGAUGCGGACGUGCAGAUUCGAUACUGAAUACGCACGAGAGAAUGGGUUCGAGAAUGAAAGAAGUUGUAAGGUACCUGGCCCAACUCUGUGAAGCACAAAAAUGGAUGGGAAUGACUUACGCAAGCACAACUGUACACUGAAGCCACGCACAUUCACUCCGUGCCCAAUUGGGCAUCGCUUCACAGACUCCAUUAUCACACAGGCCCCUUUUCCAAUACAAUGGUACAACUCCCUCCCCACGCGGCAGCCCGUGCUCAUUUCAUGGCAUCAACCACGUC